UAGAAUAAAUUCACAUGGACAUAAACAAAUAAAAAUUUAUAGUUUUUGAAGAAAAAAAAAUUAGUUUUAAAUAAUGUAUAGAUCAAAAAAUAAUUCACCUGAACGCAGUUCGAAAAUGUCCGAUAAAGAAAUGCGUAAAAAUGAAGAAAGGCGUGUAAAAGAUGAUUAUUUAAUGUCUUAUGGUCCAGUACCAAUAUGUCAAUCAGAAUUAAAGAAAAUUGAAGUAAAUAUUGAUGGUAUUUCAUCACCAGUGGAAUGUCCUCAACCACCAUUACAGUAUGAUUUGGGUGAUCCAGAAUUAUUUACAGUUUAUCGGCGACCGGGUGAAGGAUCAAAACCAAUAUUUGCUAAUGUCCUAGUAAAUCAACUACCAGAUUUUAGACGAGUUUCAAUUAGAAAUUCUCGUAGUCCAGAAUUAAUAAGUGCAUCUGAAGCGAUACGUUCAACUCGUCGGCCUACAAGUCCAGCCCAUACAAGUAGUCAUCGGCAUCGUGAUCGAAGUCGUUCGAGACAUCGUUCUGUCAGUCGUAGUCGAUCAUCACGAAGUAGAUCUCCACAUAAAUCGUCAACUUCACAUCAUCGAUAUAGAAGAUCUUCUCCCGAAACGGAACCACAUAAGACUUCAUCGGGAUAUAAGCCAUCACGAAGUGGAAGCGUUCAUAGAAGGAGCCCAAAACCAGAGACAAGUAAACAUGAUAGAUCACCGAAACGACGUAGUAGCCGAGAUAGUCCAGGUCGGAGUCCAAGUAGACGUAGCCCAAGUAAACGAGCAAGCAGCCCCGGACGACGAACCAGUCCAAGGCGAUACAGCCCAAACAGAAAGUAUAGUCCGAGUCGUAGUAGCCGAAGACCAAGUCCUUCAAGUAGACGUGAAUAUGAACGUGACCGAGAGCGUUACAGAGGACACCAUUCUGAUAAAGGACGUGAUUAUAGUAGUAGGCGAAGUCCUGAUAGACGUUCCAGUCCUAGAAGACAUCACACUCCACCUAGAAACGAAUUACCCGUUAUGACAGUACCCAUGGAUCCAUCAUAUCACGGAUUCUAUCAGAUGCCAAUUCCUCCUGAAUAUUGGAUGGGUUUAGCUCAUGCAGCAGCACCAAUGUUUAGACCACGAUUACCACCAGGUUUUAUGCCACGACCAAUGCGACAACCACGUAUUCCAGGUGUUUAUAUUCCUCGCCAACAGCAUCAACAACAACAACAACAACACCAUAACCAACAGCAGGCAAAUAAACAAACAGAUCGUCCUGCACCUUCAAGUACUGUCACAUCGGCACAACCGUCGUCAACGGUUACCACGACUGCAGAAAAAUCAUAAUUCCAUAUUUUUUUUGAAGAUUUAAUUUAA